CUGCCGUCUGGGCCCCUCAGGACAGGCCUGCUCCCUGUUGCACAUGACAGUCCUGUGGCUGUUUGGAAUGGUGGCCGCAGCCCCUGGGAUAACUGAAGUUUUCAGGGCGCACAUACGCGUACUCAUUUUGGCUUUUAGAAGUACCGCCUUGUUUGCAACUCUGAACCGAUGUGAAUUUUCAGAUAUUUAUCCGAUGCAUGUUUUAGGAAGCGUUGUGAAGAGUGAAGACUAUGCUCUCCCGAACUACGUCAGCCGGCGUGACUACCCCUUGCCCGACGUGGCCCACGUCCAGAGCCUUUCUGCCAGCCAGAAGGCCUUGAAGGAGAAGGAGAAGGCCUCCUGGAGCAGCCUCUCCAUCGAUGAGAAAGUUGAACUGUACCGCCUCAAGUUCAAGGAGAGCUUCGCGGAAAUGAACAGGAGCACGAACGAGUGGAAGACGGUUUUGGGCGGUGCCAUGUUCUUCGUCGGCUUCACUGCUCUCAUCCUCAUCUGGGAGAAGCUGUACGUGUACGGCCCCAUCCCGCACACCUUUGAGGAGGAGUGGGUGGCUAAGCAGACCAAGAGGAUGCUCGACAUGAAGGUGGCCCCGAUCCAGGGCUUCUCAGCCAAGUGGGACUACGACAGGAACGAGUGGAAGAAGUAAGGGCCGGCCGCGCGCACGCCGGGGCCUGCCUCGCCGCCUCCCCGCGGCUCCGCGCCUUUACCGGGGUGUUCCUUCCCAGUACCAGUGCUAAUAAACGAGCAGCUUACGUGA